AUGGACAGCUUGAGCUUUGCGGUCUCUGUGCGGCCACCGCAGCCUCUACGACCUCCGGCUCCGCACCUGGGCAGCCACGCCAUGGGCAUCGCCUCCACAGCGCAGCGCGCCGUCUCGAAUGCUGCGGCCGCUGGCUGCCACGGCGUUGCUACCCGUUUCCGUGAUGCUCAGCCGCCGGUCUGCGAUGCAGACUUUGUGGGAGCUGGCGCAAACAGCACUCGUUUCAUCGAGUUGAACUCAGCGAGACCCCUCCAGCUACGCAAUACUUCCCGCCGUGCGGCUGAUGAGCCAGACGAGGGGGGCGAGAUGGAGUCAAGCGAUAUGAGCUUCCUGCAAAGUCUCAUUCAGAAGCAGCGGGAGGCGACCGAGCUCGUAUAUGCACUGAAGACUGGCACCCAGAAGUUUUCGAUGAUGUUCCUGAAGGCCAUCGGUCUCCCGGGCUAUAGAGAUGCUCUGGAAGCUGGAGUUGACCUGGUGGAUGUGCUUGCAAACAGCAGCGCGCUGAAGCUCCUGGGCGAUUUGGUUGGUGGCUUAGGCUUCAGCUCCUCGAAAGGGGCAGCCUCGCUUCUCUGUUCGGGUGGAUUGGGCUACAUUGUCCACAGAAGUGUGGUUCAGCACUACUCGGUCCUCAGUCCUCUGCAGCAGACUAUGAAGAGGCUCAGUGUGGGCGAAAUUGAGACGCUCACUAUACAUAGCCUUGGUCAAGGACGGAUGCAUUUUCCUUUCUGGGUCUAUGAUGCUGUCGUUGAGGCCUACCAGAAAGGGCUGUGUUCGCGAAUCGGCGUCAGUCAUCCAAACGCUGACGUCAAGUCAGUGCAGCAGGCCCGCCAGGACGGGCCAGGUGCUCGCGAGCCCAAGUGCAGCACAACAGUUAUUGCUCCAUACAUGAAAUAUGUGAAGGCUGUACAGCUGGUCAAAGAUUGUCGCGCUGAGGGUCUCCAGGUUUUCGCGACGGAGGUUCUCGGUCCAGAUGAGCUUGCGUCUGGCCGAUACACCGCUGCCAAUCCCACAGGCGGUUUCUUCAGUGUCUUGCUUUCCUUUCAAGUUCAAGUGCGGCGCCACAGGUUGCGGCCACUUCACGAUGCUUUGGAGGAGGUGGCACGAGGGCUAAGGUCACGCUGUGAGAAGCCGAACAUUGACACCACGCAGGUUGCUUUGCAGUGGGUCGUCAGCAAGGGGGCAAGCCCACUCUGCGAUGUCACGACCUCCACCAAUGCCAAAGCAGUUGCUGGAUGCACAGGUUCAGAAGGCGGAUGGAAGCUGACACCAGAGGAAGAAGCGCGGCUGGAUGAAGCAGCUGACGAAGUCGCGAAAACGCGCCGGAGGUACAUGCGAACGAAGUCCAAUUUUUGUAGGACAGUCUGCUGGCAGCGACAGGUGGUGAGAGCUUCGAGCCGCAUGCGACUCCAGAAAGAGUUUCCAUUCAAAAUGUGA